UUUGGGUUUUCUCUUUCUCAGCAUUUUGCUUCAUUCUCACCAAAAAUCCCUCUCAUUCUCUUCUGGAUCUGAAAAUGAUCAGCACAAUACUCCGCCGAUCUUGCCUUGGUGCGUCGACUCGGACUCGGGCUCUCUCCGCCUCUCUGACCUCCAUUAACGCGGCUCUGUUUCAUCAUCUUUCUCCAGCCGCCGCUACAGUCACCGAUCUACCCGUUAAUGGACCUGGAAAUGUCAAGCCUAGCGUCGCUCUCCCUCCGACUUCGAACCCGUUUGGUGUUAAAGCUAGGGACUUUCAUUUUCAAUCUGGACCGUCGGAGUUCAGAUCGUCGAUUGUUUCUCCUGCGGGAUUCGCUGCUCAAGAUUACGCCGCUUCGUAUGAAAGCAGCGACGGAGGAGACUCGGAGAGUGUUGGUAGCACCAGCAGCAGCGGCGGCGACGGGCUAGCGAUAUCUGAGCUUGGUAUAUCGCCGGAGAUUGUCAAAGCUUUGAGUGGUAGAGGAAUCGAUAAACUCUUUCCUAUUCAGAAAGCUGUGCUCGAGCCAGCGAUGCAAGGUCGUGACAUGAUCGGUCGUGCAAGGACUGGAACAGGAAAGACUCUUGCUUUUGGGAUUCCCAUCAUUGACAAAAUCAUCAAAUUCAACGCUAAACACGGACGUGGGAAGAAUCCGCUUUGCUUGGUUUUGGCUCCGACAAGAGAGCUUGCUCGCCAAGUUGAGAAGGAAUUUAGGGAGUCUGCUCCAAGCUUGGAUACCAUAUGUCUCUAUGGAGGUACACCCAUCGGACAGCAAAUGAGGGAGCUUAACUAUGGUGUUGAUGUAGCGGUUGGCACACCAGGUCGUAUCAUUGAUCUGAUGAAAAGAGGAGCUCUGAAUCUAUCAGAGGUUCAGUUCGUGGUUCUGGAUGAAGCUGAUCAGAUGCUUCAGGUUGGAUUUGCUGAGGAUGUCGAAGUAAUAUUGGAGAAGUUGCCUGAGAAGCGUCAGAGCAUGAUGUUUUCUGCAACAAUGCCGAGUUGGAUCAGAUCACUCACCAAAAAGUACCUGAAUAAUCCUUUGACAGUUGAUCUUGUUGGAGAUUCUAGUCAGAAACUCGCAGAUGGAAUCACGAUGUACUCUAUCUCAGCAGAUUCUUAUGGCAAAGCAUCCAUUAUUGGUCCUCUUGUACAGGAACACGGUAAAGGAGGGAAAUGCAUUGUCUUUACUCAAACUAAACGGGAUGCUGAUCGUCUUGCAUAUGGUUUGGCAAAAAGCUUCAAAUGUGAAGCUUUACACGGUGACAUAUCGCAGAGUCAGAGGGAAAGAACACUUGCUGGUUUCAGGGAUGGGAAUUUCAAUAUUCUUGUAGCAACUGAUGUUGCUGCCCGUGGACUAGAUGUACCUAACGUCGAUUUGGUAAUUCAUUAUGAGCUUCCUAAUAACACCGAGACGUUUGUUCACCGAACGGGGAGAACAGGCCGUGCUGGAAAGAAAGGAAACGCGAUUCUCAUCCACGGUCCAGAACAAUCCAGGGCUGUGAAAAUGAUUGAGAGAGAAGUCGGAAGCCGAUUCAAUGAGCUUCCUAGCAUUGCUGUGGAACGUGGAAGCGCAAGCAUGUUUGAAGGAAUAGGUGGUCGAUCUGGUGGGUCCUAUGGAGGAGGCCUGAGGGAUCGCGGUUCAAGCUUUGGUGGUCGUUCAGGUGGUGGUGGUUAUGGAGGUGGUGGUUACGGUGGAGGUGGUGGUUACGGUGGUGGUGGUGGUUACGGUGGUGGUGGUGGUGGUUAUGGUAGCAGUAGUGGCCGUUCAGGUGGAUCAAGCAGCCGUUAUUCAGGCGGUUCAGACCGUUCUUCUGGUUACGGGGGCUUUGGUUCAGGAGGUUCAGACCGUUCUUCAGGUUUUGGGGGAUUUGGUCCAGACCGCUCUUCUCAGUCAAGUGGAAGGAGCAGCUUUGGUGGGUUUGGAUUAAAGGAUCCUAACAAAUCUUACUGAGAAGUGUUGGGCGAGUUUUGAUCCGACCCGGCAAUAAUGGAGUUGGCCUAUGAGUACUCCGUGACUCGAGUAGAGUUAGUUUACAAGGAGUCAAAGUUAUAUAGUAUAACUUUGUAUCUCUGCCUUCUUGCCUCAUAAACAAACAUAGUAUUUUUUUUUUAAGUUUAAUGUCAUAUCCUCUAAUUUAUUCUUUUUAUUUAUUCUGUCACUGUCGUAAACGUAAACCAUUUGGCCAUCAGAAAAAAUGUAUGAUCCAAAGCAACUCUAGAUUUUAUAUAAUUUGGUUUU